UGUAUAGUUGGACAAGUGGCUGAGGGGUUGCCAGGUAACCAAUUUCGGGGAGAAAUGGACCUAAAGAGAAUGCAAAUCAGCAGUGGGGUGCAAUGCCUUCACAAAGAGGGGGGUGGAUGAUAAAAUGGAGCAAUACAGGAAGGACAGCGAGAGAGACCUCAGUGCGCAGACAAGCUGAUAAAGAGGCUGACAAGAAGGGCCAUGCCGUGGAUCCACAGACCGAGAGACAGUUCACACACACGAUGACCUGCGGGCAAAAGCGAUCCGUUCCUGGCCCCGCUGCAACCCCGGCGGGAUUGAGAGAUGUCAGACCUGACUGUCGAGGCCAUUCUCUUUGGGGUCUUGGUGUUCACUGGGAUUUUGGGAAAUAUUCUGGUCAUCCAUGCGGUGUUUCAGUCAGCUCUGGAAAGUCCUUCUCGGCGCCUGCCCCCGUCUGACGCCAUCCUGGCGAAUUUGUGCCUCGCCAACCUGCUGACCUCACUCUUCCGCACGGUGCCCAUCUUUGUGUCGGACCUGGGCCUGAGGGUGACCCUGUCACCGGGCUGGUGCCGCGUCUUCAUGCUGCUGUGGGUGUGGUGGCGCGGAGUGGGCUGCUGGGUCACCCUGGCUCUCAGCGCCUUCCACUGCAUCACCCUGCGGAGGCAGCACGUUGCGAUGGGCCCCCUGGCUCAGCAGCGGGAGCGGCAUCGCGUUUGGGUGGUCCUGGGGUUCGUCUGGGGGGCCAACUUAGUAUUCUCCCUCCCGGCGCUGGUCUACACCACACACGUUCACGGCAACGCCACGGUAGAGCUCAUGGUGAUCAGCUGCACCACCCGCCCUUUGCUGGGCUGCGUGUGGGAGUUCCCCACUGUGGAGCAGGGCGCGGCCUUCGCCUCCACCUCCCUGGCCUUAAACGAGGUGGCUCCUCUGGUGCUCAUGGUGGGUACCAACCUGGUCACGCUUCACGCACUGGGCAAGCACAUCCGUGCCGUCACGUCCAACAGCGAGGCCAGUGGGACGCACGGGGAACUGGACAAGCACGUGGCCAGCGAGCGCAAAGCCGGCCACGUGAUAAUAUCCCUCGUCUCCCUGUUCGUGGUCUGCUGGGUGCUGCAGGUGGCAGCGGUGACGUACUACAAUCACAACGGGGGUCGCCACGCGGAGGGCCUGCUGACUGUGUCCCACUUCUCUGCCUCCCUUUUUGUGGGUUUCAGCCCCUUGGUGGUGGCGUUAGGCCACGGGAAACUGAGGAGGAAAAUUUACACCAUGAUCCUCAGGGUGGUCCGUGUGAAGAAGACUCAGGAAGCAGGUUCCGAGAAGAAAGUCUCGGAGGCUAAUGACAAGACGUCGAAACGGGGAAGAACAGAUGGACUUAAGAAAGACACAGUGAUUGGGAAGGGAGCAGACAGAAUCAUAAAAGUUGAGGAAAAGGCAGCAAAAUAGUUAAUAACAUGCAUGUGUGUAUGAGCACUGUUACAUAUGGAUUUCAAACUAAAACGAAUAAAUUCUACCUAAAUCAAUUAAACUCUAAUAUCUCUGUGUUUUCAUUAUAUUGGAAAAUGUGAACAUAUGUCUUGAAGGGUAACAAAAAUAAGUGAACUUUAUUGAAUAAAAUAGAGAAAUAACUUUGGUUGAAGUAGGCUGCCGUAUCCCGGAAGCGGUGCCGGGCUCUAGCUUUUGACAGCACUUGAGAGAAACUGAUGGACAAACAAACUCGGUUAUCAGAAUUCGGUUGCUAAGUUUAUUUAUGGAUUUCUGUAAUAUUAUUAGCCGUUUUAAUACCACUAUCAUUAGCACCGACACCAAGAGAAAGGUCUUUUCUUUACAGUCAUCAUAAGAGCGUGUGUGUGAGUGAGUGAGUCAGUGAGUGCACUGGGUUGUGUUCCUUGUAAAUGGUCUGUUAGUGAAUCAGCCAGUCAGUGCAUGUCCAUGUCCAGGAAGCAGCCGGGAAAGCUGGCGCAGAAGAAGAGCGAUGUGGAGGGCAAGCGGGACGAGCAGACCGCUCGCAGUGCUUUGGCUAACGACUGGAAGAAUCGCCCUCAGGGCGACGAAACGGGCGAUGAAUCCAUAAGCCUCACC